AUGUUCGCGUCCAAGCUUGGGUACAAAGGAGCACAAACACGGUUUAAUCUACUGCUUCUCGAGGACGGCGAGUUUUUUCUCGAUGAUUUCAGUGUCUAUCGGUUCUUAGAACCAAAACCUGAUUCGCAUCGUAAAGUUCAAGGACGACUAAAAAUGUGCACGCGUGGCUUUUUUUUUGAGCCACAAGAUACAAAUUUACCCAUCUUAAGGUUCUUUUUUCGAGACAUGAAGGAACUGCCCGUGGCGGAGCUACAUGAGAGUCCUGAAGCUGCAGAUUGUGCUAUUUUUCUAGCAUUUAGCGUGUCGUCGGUGGUAGAAAUGAAGGAAAGAGGAGUGGAUCAUCCAUACGUACAGAAAGAUACUGGAUCUAGUACUGGAGUACCUGAGAAAUAUACUUUCUCGUUGGUUCAUUCAAAAAUUGAAGAGUUUUUAAAGAAUGUACAGCCAAUCUGGGAACUAGCACACAAAGACGGGGUGAUGAACAAAGUAGAUGAAGAAAUGUUGCUUGAGCCAGUGCUAGAACCACGGCAGACAGAUCAAUUUGAUUCGAGUUUGUUGGUGGAUUUUCGUGAACGUCCAUUGCAGACAAAGGGAAAAUUAGUGGACCGUAUUGUGCCGCUACUAAAGUAUCCGGGCUGUCUGAUGCUGACAAAUCAGCGGCUAUACUUUCAGCCAGCACAAGUGAACAAUGUGGGCGAUCCUGUGCUGAAUUGGGCGUAUAAUACGAUCGAGUACUUGUACAAGCGACGGCAUAUGCUGAAACAAACGGGUCUCGAGAUUUUUUUGAAAAAUGGAGAAAGCUUUUUUUUUAGCUUUCGGAAUCGUCAUGAUCGUGAUGAAGUGUAUGACAUGAUGGUGAAUCAGCCAGAUUUGAAACACCUGCAGCAGACAGAUUUGGAAUCUAUGCUGCGUAAAUGGCAGCAGCGCGAGGUAUCAAACUACGACUACCUGCUGUACUUGAACAACACUGCCGGUCGCACGAAGAAUGAUCUGACGCAGUAUCCGGUGUUUCCGUGGAUAGUGAACGAUUACAUAAGCCCAUCGAUAGACCUGUCAGAUCCAGCUAUAUAUCGUGACCUCUCAAAGCCCGUCGGUGCGCUCAAUGAAGAGCGUUUGGAGUUUUAUAAAGCGCGGUUUGAAACGAUGCCUCAUGGUAUGGAAGAUGAAGGUUUGCCUCCGCCAUUUUUGUAUGGAACGCAUUACUCCACUCCAGGUUAUGUGCUGUAUUACUUUGUACGAAUGGCUCCUGAAUAUAUGCUUUGUCUCCAAAAUGGAAAGUUUGACGCUCCGGACCGGCUGUUUCAGAGUAUUCCUAAUACCUGGAGCAGUUGCAACACAAACCAUGCUGAUCUGAAAGAGCUUGUUCCAGCUUUCUUUGACGACUCGCUACCGGCGGAGGAGUGGCUUUGCAAUGGAAAGAAUCUUGAUCUUGGGACUACGCAAAAGCUGACAAGGGUUGGAGACGUCGAGCUUCCUGCAUGGGCAUCCAGCCCAUCUGAAUUUGUCCGUAUUAACCGAGAAGCGCUGGAGAGCGAAUACGUUUCAGAGCACCUUCACGAGUGGAUAGAUCUGAUCUUUGGCUGCAAACAACGUGGAGAGGCUGCGAUUGAGGCAAACAACUUGUUCUACUACCUAUCGUACGAAGGCUCUGUGGAUCUUGAAAAAAUAACAGACCCUGUGGAGAAGUGCUCAUUCGAAGCGCAGAUUCAAGAGUUUGGACAGACGCCUAAGCUGCUUUUUUCUGGAGCUCAUCCUUCUCGUAAUGAUGUCGGCAAAGCAGUGGAUAUUGCGACGCUCGACUUGAUGCCGCUUUCGCGAAAACUUGAUGAGGUAGCUGGAUUGACCAACAGGUCAUCGUCGUCAGUUACAGAUUUCGAUAAUCGUAGCCGAGGAAAUAGCGAUGGCAACCGCAACAGCUGCUUUGAUGAGAAUGAAGAGGAGGAGCACGCAACGACGGGGAAUCGACGCAGUAUGUUUGCAUUCCGAACUCGCUCAUUAAGCUCUGUACCAAAACAAGCACAGCGGAUUGUAGGAGGGAUUACAGCUCAAAUUCGCCGACGAAUGAGUGUUGAAUCAUCUAAGCGUUGGAAUUGGACAUUUGGCACAAGUGGCGAUACUUCGUCGUGGGCGCCAUCGACACACUACAUGCUCCAUGCAAGCGAAGUCACUUCUUUGGUUCUAGGGAAAGGUGGACGAGCGCUUUUUUCAACGUCAAAGGAUUCAACUUUUAAGGUUUCUGCAACAUUGGAUGGCACGCUUCGGCGUAACCUUUCGUGCAACCUGGCUUUGUCAUGCUGUGGUGUAUCACCCGAUGAAAAGUAUGUUUUUGUUGGAUCAUGGGACAACUGCAUUUACAUGUACUCCAUGGACGUUGGACGUGUAAUCGAUCAGAUCACAGCCCACGAUGAUGGUCUGUCGGCUAUAGAUGUAUAUGAAGACCGUUUGCUCUCGAGUUCCUGGGACGGCUCGAUCAAGACGUGGCACUAUACAUCAAAAGGGAUUGCGACGGCUCCGUUAUCGACGUUCAUGGAGUGUGAAGAGUCGGUAGUCUGUCUGUGCAUUAGCAUGGAUGGAUGUACAGGUGCUGCUGCUACAAGUAAUGGAAUGGUGUAUCUUAUCAAUUUACGCACAUGCGAGUUAAUACGCAAGAUCUUUGCGAGCCCAACACAACACGCAGAAAUUUGCGGGUUAACAUUCUGUGGUGGGGGAUCCACAGUCGCUUGCAUGAGCACAGCGAACGAGCUUUCGGUCUUUCAAAUGGAUGGCAAGCAAGUGAUAGCGAUCAACGUGAACGCUGAUGGACCUGUCCAGUGCUUUGACUCAGACGGCGAAUACGCAGUUGGCGGAACGUCGAAUGGCAAGCUACUAUUCUGGAAACUUGAUGAACCCAGGGGUCAUGAACAGGUUUUAGAAAUCCCGGAUGCACAUGCCGAGGGCGUGUCUGCACUAACUGUGGGUUUGCACGCAUCCACAAUUGUGUCAGCUUCUACUGACGGGGGGCAUUCGCAUUUGGCAACUUCGUCGCAAAGCUGCUUCUCGUAG